GAAGGCUUCUGAUCAAGAUUUGUUUGAUAAUUAAGCCUCCGGAUUAGUUUACGCGCGGAGAUAUCAACACUGCUAAGAUUUAGAGAAAGAAAGAAAUAUGAAAAACCGUACGAAUUACACGUUAUUAGGAUGUCUUGUUUUGGUAUUGUGUUUUAUUAGUGGAGGAGAUGGUGCAAUUUCUCGUAAUGUAAUGAAAGAGGUCACUGGAAUAAACAAGGAGGGUCCAUAUUUGGGCAUUGUGGUGCCAAACAACUUUGAGAUGAGCCCUCUUCUCCAAUCUCCUAGCUUCGUGGGUGAUGCAAAGUUUGGCUUCUUGGAUUUUUCUGGAAGACGGUUUCACUUGGGACGAUUAGGAAAAGAAAAGGUCAUUGUGGUAUUGACUGGAUUAGGCAUGCUUAAUGCAGGGAUAGCCACAGAAUUACUGCUAACCCUAUUUUGGGUGAAAGGAGUUGUUCACUAUGGGAUUGCAGGGAAUGCAAACCCUGACCUCCAGAUUGGGGAUGUCACUAUUCCUCACUUCUGGGCUCAUACUGGCCUUUGGAAUUGGCAGAGAUAUGGAGAUGGGCCUAGAGAUGAAUUAUCAUUUGAAUCCAACGGAGACUACACAAGGAGUAUCGGUCACUUGGAAUUUUCCCAACACAACAAUGAGACCGGAAGUGAGAAAUCACAGGAUAACUUUCUGAACCGUAUUUGGUAUCAACCCGAAGAGAUUUUUCCGGUGAAAGGAACUCCGGAAAUCAGGCAACAUUCCUUCUGGGCUCCCGUCGACGAUUAUUACUUUCAACUUGCAGAAAGGCUCAAGGGAAUGAAUUUGACAAGAUGUGUGAACUCCACGACUUGUUUACCAAGAACCCCAAUCGCGACGAGGGUGGAGAGGGGGAUAAGUGCGAGUACAUUUGUUGACAACAGGGCAUAUCGGGAAUUCCUGUUUUCCAAGUUCAAUGCCACUGCCAUUGACAUGGAAAGUGCCGCGGUUUCUCUAGUCUGCAUCCAGCACCAGAAGCCUUUCGUUGCAAUCAGAGCCCUGUCUGAUUUAGCCGGUGGGGGUUCCUCUGUUUCCAAUGAAGCUGCCAUUUUCGCUUCCUUGGCUGCCCAAAAUGCAGUUAAUGUUGUAAUCAAGUUUGUUAAGUUAUUGUCUUAGGUUUUGUUUGGCCUCUUGAAAAAGCCAGUUUACUGUUUAUCGGCUCUCUCUUUUUUUUUCUAUAAAGAACGCUUUUGGUCAA